UAGAGAGUGUUUCAUUUCCGAAUCCGCUAAUACGACUUGUCAGUAACGCUAACCUAGCAAACUCUGUUCUAGACGCGUCUUUUACCGAUAUGUCAAUUUAUUUAUUAUCUUUUAUCAAAUAAAUAAAUCAUUUUUUUCUUCCUUUGAAGUUACGUACAAGAGGUACUAUCAGAAAUUGUAGUUACUAGCGUCACCUGUGAUACUAAAGUUUUAUUACUGUGAAUGAACGUGCGUGAACUGUUGACACUGUAUGAAAACAAUGUAGAAAAACAUUAAUUCAAUUUAAUUAUAACAUAUUGUUAAAAUGUCAGACGAAUCAGAAUACGACGUAGAGCCAGAAGAAAUUGAUGUUUACAAACGAAAGUACCAAUUAUUGCUAGAUAGAUGUGAAGUUCUACAACAGGAAAAUGAAAGGCUGGUUUAUCGAAUUCAAAAAGUGAGGAAUCUUCUCAAACGUACAAGGAAGGAAAAAAAAUUUUUAAUUGAUCGUUUAGAUCAGCAUGGUGAUCGCUGGCGAGAAGCACCUAUGGGAGUCCUUGAAGAAAAUAACGUUUUUCAAGCCACGUCUAAACAAGAAAAAGGCACUAAAGCCACUGCUCACAAUUCUAAAGAUGAACGGACCAAAAAAGGAACCAAAAGAAAAGGUGCAAAAACUGACCCAAAUGCACCAAAAAGACCAGCGAAUCCAUUUUUCCAAUUCUGUCAAGAACAAAGACCUCGUGUAAUGGAACGUUUAGCUGGGGAACCAGAACCAAGCAAACAAGAACUCACUAGACAACUUGCAACUACUUGGAAGUCUCUUAGUUCGGAAGACAAAAAAGUUUAUUAUGACAUGUAUGAACGAUCCAAAGAGAAAUAUGUUGCUGAAAUGCAAAUUUAUAAUAAAAAAUCUGAAGAUGCACCAAAUCAAAUGUCUUUAAAUAUAACGUAGUACUCCUAUUUAAGAUAAAUGUAAUUUGUAAAUACGUAAUUUAGAAUUAAAUACUUGCACAUAUGCCAAUAUUUAUGUAUAGCAAUUCAAAAUAAAAUAUAAGAUUAACAAGAGUCUGUUCAUGUACUUUAGUACAUGAUAGGAACAGAAAUUUUGUUUAGAACAAAUAUUUUGUAUUGUCAAAUGAAACAAAUAUGUAAAUAUUGUUGUCUCUUUUAUGACAGUAAUAAAUUAUGCUUUGAAAUUA